GUGACCGAUGUGGGACUUUCAAAAAGAGUAGUAAGAGACAAAUAAGAACACUCUCUUUGCAACAGCAGGUUUGAAUAAAGCUUAACCGACAAUAGUCUUAAACCUGGAGCCAAACAAGUCUCUGGUUCUUGCCUUGUUCAGCUGAGUCUGAGAAGAAGAAGCCAAACUUUCUCUCAGAUUCUCCAUCCUCGUGCAUAUUUUUUCCCGGAAAGUAAUCACAAUCGGCUCAAGUAAUCACAAUCGGCUCCGGAAGAAGAGGAGAUUGUUCAGUCGUUGUCUUGUGCCAUGGCCAUGUAUAUUCGUGUGAAGCGCAUGAAAGCCACUUACUUUAUCCAAUGUGAUCCCACAGAGACUGUUUUGGAUGUUAAGCAGAAACUCUUUACCCUCAUUGAGCAACCAGUUAGCAAUCAGCGUCUCAUCUUAAUGUCUACUGAAGAAGUAUUAGAGGAUUCCAAAUCUCUAGCAGAGCAGAAGGUUGAGAAUGAUGCAGUCGUGGCUCUGACUUUGAGGAAAGACGAUGACGACUUUGAGGAUGUUGACAUUGCACAGCCCACCGAUUUUUCUGUUGCAUGAAGAAUUAAUUAUAACUGGGGCUGGCUGUAUCAGGAGAACCUUUGCUUCAACAGGAGAAAGUAUUGAUGUUAACAAGAGUAGGAAUCUAUAAACGCUUGAAGUUAUAUCUUUCUCUCUGCUUGUAUCAAUAAUGUUUCUUUAGUUGUUACAGACGAUUGUUGUAAGUAAAGAUAUUGAGACGUGGAAGUGUGAUUGCAAUUUUGCAAGAUUAUAAGUUGUCAUGAAGUCUUUUUUAUGUUA